ACUCCACAAUAAUAUCCACCAAACGAAAGGUUCAAAAUCCAACCCCCUCUCUCCCACUUCUGUAAGGGAAAGAAGAAGAUGAUGGCGCUCAAAGCCAUCAACACCUCUUUUUCACCUACAAAGCAUACCCUUUUCCGUACAAGAAGACCAAUUAACCAAAAGAAUUCAAUAUUAUACCUUUGCAACUCCAGUGAUUCUAAUUCUGAUUCAGAGGCGUCUCCACCUCCUGAAGGUGAUACUCGUAAGCAAGAGCUACUUGCAAGAAUAGCUAUGCUUCAAGCUCAAAAAGUUCGUCUCACUGAUUACCUAGAUGAAAGAUCAGCUUAUCUGACUCAAUUUGCUGAAGAAGCCAAUGCCGAGUUCGAUAAAAUUGGAGAAGAUGCUCUUAAAGGACUCGAUGAAGCUGGUACCAGGAUAAUGGAGAAUAUAGAAAGCCAGAUGCAAGCUUUUGAAGAAUCUGCAGAGUUGAACAAACAAGAAAUUGAGAAGAACGAAAAUAAGAUAGCAGAUUUUGAAGGUCAAAUUGUUAAAGACAGGAAUGAGGGAAUGUUCUUUAAGAAUUUAGGGCAGAAACCGCCUGUUGAUAAAGCCAAGGCUAAAGUGGAAGCAGAGAGGAUUAAAGAGCUUAUUAAAACAAAAGCUGGGUCCAAAGCUAGAAAGAAUAUUUACCUUGCUUUGAUUGGGGUGCUAGUCAUUGUUAUUGCUGAUUCCUUCAUUUCUUCUUCACCAGAUUGGCGAAAAGUUGCAGUUCUUGGAGCAAUUUUAGUGGGUUUGAUCACUCAGUUGAGCUAUGAGCAGAGAUUGUCAUCAGAGAUUGAAAGUAUGGAGAAGACAGACAAGGAAAAGAAAUAAGUCACUUAAGCCAUCUAAUUCAAUGAAAUUAUGCUGUACAAUCCUUAAGUCAUAACAAUUCUCAAUGAAUAUAGCAAGAUUCAAUAGCCCCAAGUGAAAACUUGCAACUUGGAUUUGAUACAUCAAGCAGUUUUCUUUUGCAUCAUUCACUUUGAUCUUGGCAAUAUUACUUAAAUCACCAAGAACCAUGUAACUAAGUUAGUUACUAGGCUUGAUGCUUUAUGAACUUAUCCCUGUCACUGUACACAGAAACAAAGAAAAAGCGUAGCCUUUUAUUUCAUUAUGCAUAUAACAGAAUGCUUUUGUUUCA